UCAUCAGCGUCCGCCAUAUUGAAUAAGGAAAUAAGAGUGGAAGAGGAGGAACGUCCCGGAUGCAUGUAAACAUCCACGUCAACACAAAGUACAUUAAUGAAACAGUUUUAGGGUCCGGGAAUAGCGUUAAUAUAUUACUUAUCGCUACCGACUGAUGUAAAAUUAAAGGACCGUUAAACACGCCGCUGUUUUUAGGCUUGUGAAAACAAUGACUUCCCUCACCCAGAGAAAUUCGGGCCUAGUGCAGAGACGGACCGAGGCCUCGCGUAGCGCCGCCGCCGAUAAGGAGAGAAACUCGGGUGACGACGACGAUUACGAGGCUCGCCGCGGUGAGGAGGAAGAAGAGGAUAAAGGAGACUCGAAAGAAACUCGACUGACUUUAAUGGAAGAGGUGUUGCUACUCGGACUUAAAGAUCGAGAGGGUUAUACAUCAUUCUGGAAUGACUGCAUCUCGUCUGGGCUUAGAGGAUGUAUGCUGAUCGAGUUGUCCUUACGGGGACGUCUGCAAUUGGAAGCAUCGGGAAUGAGGAGGAAAAGCCUGCUGUCCAGAAAGGUGUUAUUCAAAUCUGAUGCUCCAACAGGAGACAUGAUGUUGGACGAGGCGUUAAAACAUAUUAAGGAGACCCAGCCCCCAGAGACCGUUCAGAACUGGGUUGAGUUGCUAAGUGGUGAAACUUGGAAUCCGUUAAAGCUGCACUACCAGUUGCGAAAUGUGCGAGAGCGCUUGGCAAAGAACCUGGUUGAAAAGGGUGUCCUCACCACUGAAAAACAAAACUUCCUGCUUUUUGACAUGACCACCCACCCGCUCACCAACAACACAGUCAAACAGCGUCUGGUUCGCAAGGUCCAGGAAGCCGUCCUGGACAAAUGGGUCAACGAACCCCAACGGAUGGAUAAGCGCAUGCUAGCCCUCCUGUUUUUGGCACAUUCCUCUGAUGUUCUAGAGAACGCCUUUGCUCCUCUGCUAGAUGACCAGUACGAUCUGGCCAUGAAGAGGGUGCGCUUGCUUCUAGAUCUCGAUCCCGAAGUGGAGGCUGCUAAGUCAGGCGCCAACGAGCUUUUAUGGGCGGUGGUUGCUGCUUUCACCAAAUGAACCUCCAGAGAAAAGAGAUUUGGAUUUGACUUUGUGCUCACGGCAUUGGAUUCGGACCACUGGCCCCAAGCUUGGUUGAUUCAGACUAAUAUUGGUGAUGGUAAUAAUGGAAAUACAGUUUAUGAAGGAGAUGAUGACGAUACUUUGGAAAGGACAUCUGUUUCUCAUAGUCAUGGAUUUGUCUCUGACCUUCACAAAGGUGUUGCCCUGUCUUCUUUUAAUGGCCAAUAGUUGCUACAUUAUUGCAAUUCACUGUGAGUCUUCCUGUAGUUCAUGCACUUAGAUCAUCAACAGAGUUCAUGUAAAAACACAAAGGAAGUUGUUGAAGUAAGGGGGUCUUUAUCCCUGUGCUUAACUAGGCCAUGACCCUUAUCCUAAUCUAGAUACUGGUAUAAUUCUGCAAUAAUAAUGCAUAAGUCUCUUGAAUAAAGAGAAUGGCCACUGCUUCCAUGUACAAAGACAAAAGGAUCUGUGGCAUCUCUUUGACAUGGUUAAGAAAUGAUAAAAUCCUGUCCUGUGUGUUUUUGCAAGCCGGUAUGAGGAAGAUAUUGAGUUGAAAGAAAAUAAAUAAUUUCAUAAUCCUGAAAUGAACGCAUUAGUUUUUGUCCAGUGCUAUUAAGAUAUCAAGUUGUCUUUACCAGACAUUCUUUACUGCUUAAAACAACGUUUAGUGUAUGCUGAUGUUGCUUGGUGGUCUACAUCUGCUUGCAUAGAAUUGCCUGUAACUUAAAAACAUUGAUAGAUAUUGCUUGCACCUUUUUUUUUCCAGAGUAUCUAUUUCAUGUCAACAGCAUGGAUCAAUGUGGCCAAAGCUGAAAAUUCACACUAACUGCUUAUUAGUGUAUUGUGACGAUAUGUGGCCCUGACUUUAUGCUGACUACACCACAGACAGUUUGAGCUCACAUAUAUGAUCUAAAUCCAAAUGUCUGGACUUGAAUUGUCUCAUUCAUUUCACAAAAAUGGCCAGUCGUACACUAUUAUAGCUUGCAGUGCCCUUGCUUCCUGGAAGGCUAUACUGAUGCCUUUCUAUUAGUGAUCACGGCAUUAAUGUAUGGCCUCUAUACAUAUAUAUGGUUUUGUUCAUGUCAUAAUCUGUACUUUCUGCUUUUGUUUUAUACUUUGAUUUUAAUUGUUUUAUUUUGUUUAUUAGCUAAUGACUCAAUAUUUCUCUAAAUCAUCUAUCAUGUUUUGCCAUGUCUGGUGUUGAAUGGUCGUCGUCUCCUAUCAUGCAGAGAUUAAGUAAAGUUAGGGGAGGGAUAUUCUCUUCCCCUAAGCAAGCAGGUGUUUGACAUGGUUAAUUUACUAUUAGUAAACGAUACUUAUUGAGCUGUUAAAGUAGAGAUUGUGUAAAAUGGAUGCCCUGAUUUGUAAAUCUGCUUUUUACCAUAUAAUAAAAGAAUAUCUUUAAGUGCCUGGAAGGGA